AGGUACCUAUUGUUCCCAGUCAUGUACAUUCUAUUAAUGAUUCCAUGUCGGCAGAGGAAGCCGCUGAUGAGUAUGGGUUUGUCAUCAGACAGCUUGUGAAGACUCGCGUAAUCAGUGUUUCAGAGAUCAGUGACUGUCCCAAGUUUGACCUUAUCCUUCUCGGAAUGGGUCCUGAUGGGCAUGUUGCGUCUCUAUUUCCUAACCACUCUGUCCUUGAUGAGAAAGAUGAAUGGGUAACUUUCAUUACUGACUCACCCAAACCCCCACCUGAGAGAAUCACUUUCACUUUGCCUGUCAUCAAAUCUGCUUCCAAUGUGGCUGUGGUCGUGACUGGAAGCAGCAAAGCAGAGGCUAUACACUUGGCGAUAGAUGAUGUAGGUCCUGGCUGUCCGUCAUUGCCUGCAAGGAUGAUCCAGCCAACCACAGGGAAGUUGGUGUGGUUUCUGGACAAGCUGGCUGCAUCAAAGCUCAACAGUUCUCAAUCUUCUGAGUAGGGCCAAGCUCUUCUUGCAAAGUGUAUGUUUGUAUUCAGUGAAGGAAUCGACAAAGUCUCUUGGCGUAGUUCUUCUUUCUUUUACUUUUUUUAAGUGUUGGGUUCAUAGGCCUUUAUUCCUCUCUUUUGUAGGGGAGUUGGUUAAGUGUGAUUAUCCUUUUUGUUAGAAGAGGUUAAUAAGUUGGGGCCUAGUACAAAUUCCUCUUCUUGUUUUGGUUCUUGUAGGGGUGGUUGCUAUUUUUAGGCCCUCUUUGUAUUGAUAUUCUAUGAAAUCCUUGUAAUGAAACUCAGCAUUUUUACUGUUAUAGAUUCUUUUCAACAUUGCCAGAAGCCUA